CCUCACUGGCUCUCUUCCUUUGAUUCAGAUCAUUGCCAAACAUCUAAACAGAAACUUUGCGCGAAAAUUUUCAAUCUCUCUCACAACAACCACCAUGGCAACAACAACUUCACCACAAACUCAUCUUCUUCCUCAAACCAACAACCCAUUUCUCAAAAAACCCAUCACCACUUUCACCUCACCAAUCUCUCUCCGCACUAACCCAACCUUCAAACCCAUUUCCAUCAAAUGCACCGCUACAACCCAAGCCCAGUCCCAAGCCCAGCCCCAAACCCAAUCCCAUUCCUCAGAUCGCGUCUUCAACUUCGCUGCCGGACCUGCCACCCUCCCUGAAAACGUCCUCCGUAAAGCCCAAUCAGAACUUUACAACUGGCGUGGAUCCGGCAUGAGCGUCAUGGAAAUGAGUCAUAGAGGUAAAGAAUUUCUUUCGAUUAUUCAAAAAGCAGAGUCAGAUCUGCGUACCCUUUUGGAAAUCUCGUCGGAAUAUUCUGUUCUUUUUCUUCAAGGUGGCGCAACUACUCAGUUCGCCGCCGUGCCGUUAAACAUCUGUAAAAAUGACGAUGCUGUUGAUUACAUCGUUACUGGUUCUUGGAGCGAUAAAGCUUUCAAGGAAGGUCAGAAAUAUUGUAAACCAAACGUGAUUUGGUCUGGGAAAUCUGAAAAGUAUACAAAGAUUCCAUCUUUUGAUGAUUUGAAACAGAACCCAGAAGCUAGGUUUUUGCAUAUUUGUGCUAAUGAAACUAUUCAUGGUGUUGAAUUUAAGAAUUAUCCAACACCCAAUAAUAAAAAUGGGAUUUUGAUUGCUGAUAUGUCUUCAAAUUUUUGUUCUAAACCUGUUGAUGUUUCAAAAUUUGGUUUGAUUUAUGCUGGUGCUCAGAAGAAUGUUGGUCCUUCUGGUGUAACAGUUGUGAUUGUGAGAAAUGAUUUGAUUGGUAAUGCUCAAGAUUUGACUCCUGUAAUGCUUGAUUACAAGAUUCACGCCGAGAACAAUUCACUUUACAAUACACCACCUUGUUAUGGAAUUUACAUGUGUGGUUUGGUUUUUGAGGAUUUGUUGGAACAAGGUGGUUUGGUUGAGGUUGAGAAGAAGAAUAAGAAGAAAGCUGAGAUUCUUUACAAUGCUAUUGAUGAGAGUAAUGGGUUUUUUAAGUGUCCUGUUGAGAAAUCUGUUAGGUCUUUGAUGAAUGUUCCAUUUACUUUGGAGAAAUCUGAGUUGGAAGGUGAUUUUAUUAAGGAAGCUGCUAAGGAGAAUAUGGUUCAGCUUAAGGGACAUAGGUCUGUUGGUGGUAUGAGAGCUUCAAUUUACAAUGCUAUGCCUUUGGCUGGUGUUGAAAAGUUGGUGGCUUUCAUGAAGGAUUUCCAAGCCAAACAUGCUUAGUAUGCACUUGUCUUUGUCUCUAUUCAACACUUCUGAGUUUUGAUAGUGUUGCUUGGAAAAAAGGUCUUUAGCAAUUUUGGCUUAUUGUGUCUUGUUUUGUUGUUGUUUUAAUUUAUGUCUUGUUGCUAGUUAGUAGUAUUUUAUUUUCAAUUGCAGAAUAUUAUUUUGGGAUGGUUUAGAUUUUGUGGCCAAAAGAGAUGCCUAGUGGUUUGCCUGUUUCCUGAGUGGUCACUUGGUUGAGGAGUUACUCUUCAACCUGGAGGAACUCGGUUCGAAACUUGGCUCCGAGAGAGUUGGCUAGUGGUUUAGGACUUAGGUUCAAAUUUAUUAAUAAUAUGCAUGUUUGUAUGGUUGAGUCCCAUGUGAUAUUAGUGAAUGUAAGAUGAAACAUGUUUCAAACUUCAAUCAAUAAAGACAUUGAACAAUGAAUAUUGAAUAA